UUAGAAGCUGUUUUACUGUGCUAAAGUAACUUACAGCCAACAGGCAAUUACAAAACCUUUUUAGGGGAUAUCUGACACAGUCCGAAUCUCAGCAGCUACCAGUCUAAUCUGGAAUGCUUGUGAGAGUUAUAUAAGAAAGAGGGCGAAUGUAGUUUCCUGCUGAUGGGUAAAUCAUGUCAUUAGAGCUGGAGUUGGCUAGUUAGCUUUAGCUCAGCUGUUGUCCAAAAGUGAUGGCAGGUAGAAGAGAGAGAAAGUUUAAGUUUCUUAUUGUUGGCGGGGGUAUCGCGGGCGUCACGUGUGUUGAACAGCUGUCAUCGCAGAUUCCCUCUGCUGAUGUCGCUCUGAUUACAGCAGGCUCUCAUAUCAAGGCAGUGACCAACUACAGACAGGUGUCAAAGACUCUUGAAGAGUUUGAUGUUGAGGAGAGGCCAUCCAGUGAUUUGGAAGAGAAAUUUCCCAACCUAGUUGUAAUCCACUCUGCUGUUAAAUCUCUAAACACAAAGUCACAUUGUGUUGAAACUGCAGAUGGUCGGGUUUUUGGUUAUGAAAAACUGUGCAUCUGCAGUGGAGGCAGGCCAAAGCUCCUGACCCAGGAUCACCCUUAUGUGCUGGGUAUCAGAGACACAGACAGUGCCCAGGACUUUCAGAAGCGGUUAUCCAAAGCAAAGAGAAUCGUUGUGGUUGGAAAUGGAGGGAUUGCCCUGGAAUUAGUGUUUGAAGUGGAAGGCUGUGAAGUGAUCUGGGCGGUGAAGGACAAGGCAAUAGGAAACACCUUCUUUGAUGCCGGGGCUGCACAAUUCCUUAUACCAUCACUGGAAGCUGACAAACCAGACAGAGCUGUUCCCCAUAAAAGAACUCGCUACACCACAGAAGAACCAGCACCCGGAGCAGCUCAGACCUUCACAGCUGAGAGAAGUUCGCGGGGGUACGGCUCUAGUUCCACAGAGCCUGGCAGCGCCCUCGGUCCAGACUGGCACGAAGGAAUAGUGCUAAGAGGAGCAGAGCAGGUGUCUCGCCGGGUUUCUCUGGAAUACCAGUGUGAGGUAGAAACCAUAUUCACGUCAGAGCAGCUGCUUAACUCCCCUCAGCAAACUCUCGGCCCUGAGAAUGAAGGAUCCUGGCCAGUUUACAUCAAGCUGACCAACGGGAAAACAUUUGGCUGUGAUUUUGUUGUCAGCGCCACUGGUGUUGUACCAAACACAGAACCAUUUCUUCAUGGAAACACUUUUGCACUGGCAGAAGACGGGGGCCUGCGAGUUGAUGACCAAAUGAUGACAUCAGAGCCAGACGUGUAUGCUGCAGGGGAUGUUUGCACUGCGAGCUGGGAACACAGUCCUCUGUGGCAGCAGAUGCGUUUGUGGACACAGGCCCGUCAGAUGGGCUGGUACGCUGGCCGCUGCAUGGCUGCUCAUGUCCAGUCAGAGCCAAUAGAACUGGACUUCUGCUUUGAGCUCUUUUCACACAUCACCAAAUUCUUCAACUACAAGGUGGUACUGCUUGGAAAGUUUAAUGGGCAGGGCCUGGGGCCUGACCAGGAGCUGCUGGUACGCUGUACCAAAGGCCAGGAGUAUGUCAAGGUCAUACUCAGUGGAGGUAGGAUGGUUGGAGCUGUACUGAUCGGGGAAACUGACCUGGAGGAGACCUUCGAAAACCUGAUCCUCAACCAGAUGGACUUGACCCCAUAUGGAGAGGAGCUGCUCAACCCUAACAUUGACAUAGAGGACUAUUUUGAUUGAGCAUCAGAUCCCCUAGUAUCUUACACUUUGGGACUGUAAGGAUACUUGUGACUGAAAAAUGUUUGAAGGCACAAUGAAUCAUGCCAGUGUGCUACUGUUUGUGUUAGAUACCUUUGAGAAACAGCUCUUAGUUAUGCACUUGUAAACUUAAGAGUAUAUUUUGUUUUAAAUUAUCUCCUAAACCAUGUUUAUUAAAUCAGUACAUGAGUGAUACAUCUACAAAUCAUGUCAGUUUCGAAAUCUGCAGAGCCAUUAGCUAAGAAGUUUAAAUGAGAGAUACAAAGAUGAGACAGUGAAUAAAGCAUGUUCAGCUCUACUUUACUGUAGAAAAGAUGCAAUGUUGUCUUAGAGACACCUGAUCAUAUUUCUACCUUCACUGUAGCUACGGCUCCUCCUGUGCCUCAACUGGCAAUUUUUACAAUGGACAUUGUCAAACAUGCACAAUGCUACCUACUGUUGUUUAGAUAUGUUGCUCUUGGGAAUGUAGCUUUUUGAAAACCCACUUUUUCGAAAGGACAAGAAACAGAAAUGAACUGAAUUUAAAUGAUAAAAAGAGUCAAA